UAUAUGAACCUUAGGCCUCGGGGUGCUGAUGAUUUUGAAAAAGAAAAGCACGUUUGUUAGUAUGUCGGUGUUGCUAUGUUUUACCACUAUUUAGUAAUUAACAAAAUAUAAAUAUGUGUGUAUUUCUGGGCAAGGAACAUUUUAAUAAUUAUACAGAUUCACGAAGGCAUCAGCUUGGUGUUUAGAACAAAUAGAAAUAUUGUUGUCAUGGUGAUGGUUGUAGUGUUGCUAGACAACUUCAGUGCCCAGAUCGAUCAGCAAGCCGGCUGAUUUAUGUCGCACACGACGUACAAGAAGAUCUGGGCCGAUGCCCAGGCGAUCCUGGACGAGGCGACCAAGGUCGACGUCGAACAGCAGUCGACGAAGCCGACCCGUGACCGCGACCAUGCUCGCAAAGUCGUCGGUACUUUGUACCUCAAGUACAUACAGUCUGUGAACAAGCUUGACGAGUGCUACGACCAGAUCGUACAACCGCAGAAGCGACUCCUGGUCAGGAGGCUCCUCGACGCGAGCAUCGGUCGGUUCCUAGAGUUGAAACACGAACUGGUCAACAUCGACAUGUCGGAAUUCAGCUACUUCGACGACAUCAUGCUCGAGGAAAAGUUACUGCCGCAAGAGGUGGAAGUCUGCGUACCGACUUAUUUCAGACGAGAAAGGGAAACGGUGAUUAAGGAAAGGCGGCAGACCAUCGACAGAAUCAUGAGAGAACUCGGCUUCUAUGAGGACGACGCGACGGGUAUCAUAAUGACGGAGGAGAAGGCGAUCAGCCUGAUCCAGGCCCACGAGAGGGCGCGCCAGGGCCGGCUUAGGGCCCAGUUCAUGAAGGAGAUCAGGUCCCUCAAGGACAAGAUCAAAACCGAGCCGAAGGAAGACGAACUGGAAGAGAACAGCAAAAGGGCUGCACUUAAAAUCCAGAAAAUAUGGAGAGGGUACAUUACAAGGAGGAAGAUAAAGAAGAGGGUCAUGGAAGAAAUGCUCCUCAUCGGCAUGCUUCCAGGGGCGUACACUUCGACAGAAGAGAGACAACGGGCCGAAGAAGUCAAGAAUAUCAGGAGGCAAUUGCAGGAAGAGAGAGAAACCGAGUAUCAGAAAGCCCUGGCGGUGGAGAAGGAGAACAUAAAGAAAAACGAGGGGCCCGUCAUGAUCGAAGAGAUGGGCGACGAGGUGAGAGCCUGGUUCAUGGGGUACAAAGAACAGACGGGCAAGUUUCCCGAUCUGCCGAGCGAGGAAGCAGGAGGUUCCGCGUUGAUUUUCAGCAGGCAGGGUGCUGAGAGCGAGAGGAGCAAGUCGACGGCACCUUCUUCCAAAGAAAGCAAAAAGGGAAGCAAGGGAAGGAAGAGCGCGAAGGAGAAGGAAGAAGUGAAAAAAAGACCGGAAGAAGAAGAAGACCCGGGGUUCAAGAUGGCACCGUCCAACUUCUUAGCUGAGCUCAUGGUCGCCUGUUCUGAGUACGACGAGAGGUGGAAAGGGAUGGACGAGGCGGCCAAUCCUAUGCAGACACACUACGCCGACCUCAUAAAAAAGGAGAAAAAAGCCGAAGUCGAGGCCGAAUUGAGAAAAAUCGUCGACGACCAACUUCGAGCCGAGCUAGAGGCGCUCCAGGCCGCUCUGGACCGGGACAGAGCUAGGAAAGGCAAGAAGGCGAAAAAGGCUGCCAAGAAAAAAAGCCGAAGAGGUGGGAAAAAAGGGAAAAAGAAAAAAGAAAAGGACCUGACUCCAGAUCGUACGACGGAAAGCCUCUUCGAGGAGUUAGUCACACACGGAAUCAUAAGAAAAUACCCUGAAGUGUCAAUUUCGAGCUUUUUAGGCGAAAGGUCCUACGCUAACCACGAGCUGAGAUCACGCGGUCUCGAUCCUUUGCCUUCUCUAGGCGACAUUCGCCAGGUGAUCCUUGAGUACUGCAUCCUGCCCCUGGGCAGCCCGCACGCCCACAAGAAUUCGCCGUUGGUCCGUUCCAUCCUUUUGGCCGGUCCGCAGGGCAGCGGGAAGAGGCUUUUGGUCAACGCCAUAUGCACGGAAACGGGGGCGACCCUGUUCGACCUUUCUCCGGCCAACAUCGUCGGAAAAUACCCCGGGAAAAGCGGCCUCGUCAUGCUGCUCCAUCUGGUCUCAAAAGUGUCAAGACUCCUACAACCUUCAGUGAUCCUCAUAGACUCGGCGGAAAAGACUUUCAUGAAGAAGGUGCCGAAGACGGACAAGACGGAUCCGAAGAGGCUGAAGAAAGACCUGGCCAAGCUGGUCAAAGGGAUCGGGCCGGACGAUCAGGUCUUGGUCAUCGGUACGAGCCGGCUUCCGUGGGAAUGCGACCAGAAACUCCUAGUCCAAGCGUACCACAAGCUGAUCUUCGUGCCCAGACCGGAUUACGCUUCGCUCAGCCUCCUCUGGAACGACCAGCUAUUCCAGUACGCCGGGCUGUCCAGGCAGUUCAACACUUCGUCCCUCGCGAGACUCGCCGACGGAUACACAGUCGGGAGCAUACUAGCCGCCAUCAAAGACGUGCUGACUUGCAAACGCGUCCUCCAGCUCAGGAUGCACCAACUGACGCACGCAGAGAUUAUAAACGUCCUCUGCAAACGUGAACCGGUCUACAGGGAAGAAGAGGAAGAGUUCCUCAACUGGUACUCGAAGACGCCCAUCGGUAGGAAGAAACAGAGGGCCCUCGAACUUGAAGCGGAACGCAUCAAAGAAAUGGAAUCUAUGCAGAAAAAGAAAUAA